AUCUGUACUUUAUCCAAGAAGUUUGCAAAGAAAGAUCCCACUCACUUUGACAUAUUUGUUAUUAUUUUGAUGUCUGUUUCUGGAAGGUGCAGUGGAAUAUCUCGUGCUGAUGGUAGAAACGCGAGCCUUGAACAUAUCAUGGUGGAGUUCACAGCAUCAAAGUGUCCCUCCCUCCGGGGUAAACCCCGGCUUUUUUUCCUUCAGCAUUUCAAAGGGACAUCUUGGGUCAACGAUGAGUGCUCAGUCUUCGCAAGCAGAAGCUUUACAGAAAAGGAUACCGUGAGGUUGCUUUGCAUUUUCACCAGUGAGAAAGACAGCUGCCCCGAAGAAGCCGACUUUCUGUGUAUUUGUGUGACUUCUACAUAUCCAGCUGAUCAACCCAACAGAGAACCAGGGUCUUUUUUUAUCCAGCUGAAGGAUCAGUCAUCAUUUCAUCAUCGCCGGGGGGGAGGGGCGCUGGAGGAUUUUGGGGGGGAAUCACGAUGUUUUCAGGGGAGAAAAGAUGGAAGUCAGUCGUCGCUAACAGAACAUCAUGAAAGACUUUUGAAAAUUGACUGCAAAUGAGGGGGAAUCAUUAGAAUGCUACGGGGCCACAGGGGGAUCAGAUAAGUUUUACAAUGACACAACCAAAAUCCUCCGGCGAUGGAUAAUGACGGGUCGCAAAGCGUACGAAUCAAGGAAGUAAACGAGGCUUGAAUUAAUAUUCACCAGAACCAGUCGAGCAAAACUGAUAUCUACUGCAUCUCAGAUCAACGAAAACUUCAGGCAUUAUGCAGCUUAUUAGUAUCGAUGAAAAUGUAAUAUUUAAAUGGAGGUUAAUUUUCUUGCCAACUUUAAAAUGUCAGAGUAGGGAACUCAGAGGUAGAGUGACGGUAGGGGAAGGAAAUUGUGACAAAACUGCACGAUGCACUUCAAGUGUUGGAUAAGCUCGGAACGAACAGAAGAAGCCGGGCCUUGCUCAGAAAGCGUGAAAGAGGGCUGACGUACCAAAAUGGGUAAUUUUUUCGUGGAUUACCAUAUAUAUACUCUUUAUGUGAAUUAUUGAAUCAAGGGAGCGGACCAGUUACUUUUGCUUUGCUCGUUCAACAGAUCUUGGACCAGGUCAUAAGAAGUUCCUUUCAUCUGUACCAUCUGCUUGACAUGUUGACGAUGGUAAACAAAAAAAUGAAGGAUAAACAGAGUGAACAACCAAGCAUUAAAAUGCCAUAUCGGAACCACACACUCAGAGCAAGAGUGUAUUUAGGGUAAGAAAAUUAAUGAAGUAAUGCGCCGAUCAAUUUGAAGCAUCAACCCUUUCCCCCCCCCCCCGGACUGGCUGAAGUUUUGAAGACUUCAAGGACUAACGUCAUCAUAAGAGUCUGUCAGUGGAGUGUCAUAGGUCUCGUUCUUGGAGACUGCUGGUCAGUUUGAAUGUUAAAGGUUUUCAAACCGAGAAAUGCAUACUGCAAAAUGUAUUGAUCCUGGUGACGAUACGGGAAGAACACAAGUUUUAGAUGAGCUUCCUCCCCAACUAACAUGCCUUGGAUAUUGGUAAGCCUCUAGGGGGGGAUUCUCGUUCUCUCUAUAGUGAAAUAAACGCAGCAGCUAAAGCUACACGCAAUGACCGUACGAUAUUACUUUCCGUCCUGGAAAAUUGGAACAAGUGGUCGCUGGUGAGAACAGGAGACACUUAGUAACUAGAUCUGUGUUUUUCAGGUUUUGCCGUGCAUCAAACAUAUUCCUUUUAAAAUUGAUUGGGAUACUAAAAUAAUUUAAGUGGAUAUGCAAUUCUGCCUAAAAAUGGAUGCUUUUUUUUUCUUUAGGUUCAACAGCGCCUUUAGCCCCUAUCACUCCAGGUAUGACUGUUUGGAUUCAGUCUCUUACUCCAUUCACACCAGGAAAAAAAUACUUAGUUUAACCGGGUUUAACUGACGGAAAAUCAGAAACAGAGAACAGAAUCAAAGUGCUCUGUGAGCAAACUCGUGAAUUGAUACAUGAUUUUUUAGAUUAUGUUUAAUGUUAUCUGGUUUAGGGAAUUUUGUGGUUGAUUGUCAUAUCUAGAGUACGAGCAGUAGUUCAGUGUUCGCUAAUGUAGCAAAGAAACAAAGUAACGUUGGGAUAAGAAGGCAUUAGAAUUGAAAUGAUCAUGCUAUUACAUUUGGUAAGGUGGAUGAUGUCGUGUUUUAAACGUCUAUCAUUUUUGUUUCUGGUUCAAAAGAAAAGGUUGGAGGUAAAUGUGGGUGAAAAGUGAAAUUUACUGUCUUUCGUUGUAAAUAUUAGAAAAUCAAGGCAAUACUGUAUUAAUGAAAACAUUAACGAUUCCCUCUUUAUCAAACGAGACAAACGGGAACGAGUUUUGAGUGAUAUAACUAAGCCAAGCCUGCCACCGUCAUUUUGGAUCUCCGCCUGGGUACCGGUAGAUUUAAGUCACGUGCUAGGCAACGUAUAAUCAAUAACAAGAUCGAAUUUCAUUUCAGGCCUAUUUAUCAAUUUUUUGGUGUGUAACUUUCGCAUUUUAGUACGUUGUAUGUAUGUUGAAUCUUCAAAUUGUCUUGAAACCUAAAAGAAAAUUGUUCUUUAAAAAUUCACUGAAAAUCGGUAGCUAAAAUUGUUUGUUUAGGUGUUAUUUAAUUUCCGUGUUAACUUGUUAUUUCGUCAGUCGCCGGCAUCUUUUGUUGCUUCACACAGGAAAAACACACGCGACGAAACGUAAUGAUCGAUUUUGUCCGCAAUCUCACGCCAUGACAGAAAAAGCUUUUGAACAUUUGUAAACUCCGAGCGCUUCGCAGUAAGUGAUAUUUUCAAUGAAUCUUCGGAUUGUUUUCAAGUUCAAGGAUUGUAAAUUACAAUUUUAUGAAAAACAAAGGUUGUUCUGUUAUUUCAAUGUGAAUCCUUGCAUGCCUGCCAGUCGCUGGCGCCGCUUGUUGAAACUAAAACGAAAAAAAAAACACCCUUUUAAGAUUAUCAUUGGCUUCUUUAUCACCCCACCACUAUUCUUAGCAACAAAAGUCACCAUUUCGUCUGUUCAUUGCUCGCCAAAAACUAUCAAAUGCACUCAAAAGCCUAAAAUCGAAAAAAAGUUUACAGGAAUCGACCAAUCGAGCGAGCGAGCGAAUGCCACUUCCCACAUCGUAUCUAUAAAUCGCUCUUGCGCAUGCGCGCAAUUCACGAGUUAAAAAGUGAAUUUUCCAUAGGAUUCAAGUAAUCGCGUACUUGUAUUUUCAAUGUGCAACAUUUGAAGUCGACAGCUUCUACGAGGAAAAAACAAUUUAAACCGUGUUGAACAAAACAGCCCUAAAACAUGUGUAAGCUUUGGUGUGAAUGGUGUAUAUGUCAUUAGUUAACUAUCCACUGGAUCGUAAAAUACUAUAUACCGUAAAAUACUAUAUGCCAUUUCGCCUUUUGAAAAUUAUAAUGGUUAAGAUUAAAAAAACAAAAGGGGCCCUGAACCCUCAGGGUGAUUGGCUCCUAAUUUUUCCUAACAGAAUAUUAAUCAUCCUUAAAUCAAAAAUUAAGAUCACGAGAAAAAGGAAAUGAUCACCAAUUUAGGAAGCUCCUGAUUGUCAAAUAGAUUAUUCUUGCCAGUACCAGAGGAAAUGAGAAGAGAACAGUGUGCAGAAUAUGAAUACCAAUGUGAGAGUGUAAAGGGUUAAAAACCACUCAUAUCAAGCAUUUUGUUCUUGACACAAUUGAUUAAUGAAAUUUCUUUGAUUGGCUUUUAAACUGAAACUUAAAUUUUUUUAGCUUUGGCUCAGCAAGUGAGCUAUGAAAUGAACAAGGAUCCUCGAGGAUUGUGCGUCAUCGUGAAUAACGUCAACUUCCAGAACAGGGACCUGAACCGACCAGGAGCCGUCGAAGACGAACGUAGCCUCCAACUUCUGUUCAGGACGCUCUUCUUUGAAGUGAUUAUCCGGAGAGAUUUGACGAGCCACGAGUUGGAGAAAGUGGCACAGAAGUUUGGAGCUGCAAAUCACAAAGCGUAUAGCGUGUUUGUGUUCAUCGUCAUGUCGCAUGGAGGAGAUCGCGAUUGCAUCUUGGGCGUCGACGGAAGGGAGACAACCGUCAAGAAUUUGAUGUGCGCUGAUAAUUCAACUUCCUCACCUGUUAAUGAUAUCAAUUUACAACAGAAGGUCGCGACCACGUCACAGGCACAGAUAAGCUCCCAGCCAUGUGAUACUGCAUUCGUUACUGACUGCACCCUCCCGCGGAGCGUGUUUCCACCGGAAGCCGACUUUGUCCUGGCCUUUGCCACUGCGCCGGGUUACGUAUCAUAUCGAGAUCCGGAUAAUGGCACCUGGUUUAUACAGGUAAGAAAUUGAAAAAACUAAAGCAACAUGCUUUGUUCGAUUUAUGUGCUAACAGCGUUAAUUGACAAUACUUAAUUACCCUGUUAUGCUCUCACCGACGCAGCUCCACAGUUUUUUUAGAAACUUAUCCCCUUUACUAACUAGUCUCCUACUGUCGAGCACGAGCUCCACUUGAAAUUUGGCGGUCGUUUAUAGAGUUAAGAGUGUUUGAAGUAAUCGUAAUCUCCUAAGAGAGAAGUAUUAGAAAAAGAACUAGAAAUGGAUAACUCGCUAAAAUGGCCUCGUUUCAACAAAGUAGGCGGUCAGACAACAAGCGAUGCUCUGUGAAAGUGAGGCGAGGCGUAAAUAUUCUCAUACAAACUCUUAUAUUUUUGCCUUGACGCUUACCAUGCAAGACUAUCAUCUCAGAGCUGGAGCUUGGGCCGCCUGUGGGCUGACUCGAUUAAGGGUCAUUUUAAAGGUCAUUUCAAUUUCCACAUAAAGUAUCCUUUUGCUAACCUAGCUUGGCCUGCGUUAUAAUUUUCAUCUCAAGCUUCUAAGUCUUUUGGCUCAUUUUGUCCGAAAACGGUUCUUCCGCCUGGAUGGUGAUGUUCCUCAUUUUUUUGUACUUGAUUAUUGCAAUAGGCUUUAGUCGAAGUGAUCAGCAAAUAUCAUCAUCAUCAUCACUUCCUUGAGAUCUUGACAGAAGUCACUAGACUGGUAGUGGAGCGUGUUAACUCUGUCCAGGUUCCUGCCCCAAUGGAUACCUUGACUAAAUUUCUGUACUUGUGA